AUUAUUUUUUUUUUACAAAAGGAAAUGUCCAAUUGAUUGAUUGUGUACCUGCUUCGACUUUCUCCGGUUUUCCAAGUUUUUCUGAAACUGUAUUGGCACAAAUCUGCCACGAACUAACUGUAAUAGAAUCACAUAAAGUGUGUUUCGUGAAUUCUUCAAACUCCUGUAUAAAGUUCCUGUCGAUUACCCCUCCUAAUUCCCGUUAUCCCUAAGUAUAUUUUCUGCCACGUUCUGCUGGUGUUCUUGAGGAUGUGAAAUGUUUUUGUAACAUCUUACAAUAACAGAGAAAGAAGCAACCAUGUCAAGCAUGUCAGACAGAAAGGCGGAGCUGGAGCGCAAGAAGGCCAAGCUCCAGGCUCUCCGCGAAGAGAAGGAUCGCCGUCGGAGGGAAAAAGAACAGAAAGAUGCAGAAGAGGCCUUGCAAAGAGCUUCAGCCGCAUCCAGCCUGGACAGCCGCCGCGACCUGGACGAGAUGCUGUCCUCGCUGGGAGUGGCUCCGGUGAAGGACGUGCUGUCGUCACUGUCCUCCAUGACGUCACUGACGCCGCCGCAGACCGCGUCGCCCGAUGCCAGCUUGCCGCACACCGAUAAUGGCUCCAGUCAAGGACGUGCUAAGCCCAACCUGUUGCAAGUCGUGUCUGUCCAGUCCACGGACAUUCCUCCUAAAGAGAAUGUCACGUACGCCAAGCAGACUCAGACCACUGCCUCCGGUGUCACCGAGCUCAGAGAUGGAUACAUGGAGGACUGGUGGCGGCCGCGCAAAGCACACGCAACCGACUACUACGAUGAGUACAAUCUAAACCCGGGUUUAGAGUGGGAGGACGAGUUCACAGGCGACGACGAGGAGGCGGCGUUCCACGGCAAACUGCCGCCCGGCAUCCUGCCGCACGGCCUGCCCACCGUCAAGGAGGUGCAGCCAGCUGUUACCGCCGCGCCGGUGGAGAAAAAAGAAGAGGAGAAGGAGAAAAAAGUGCGCGAGCUGAGCGUGGAUGAGAAGCAGACGAUCAUGCUGUCAGCGGAAUUCCAGCGGUUCAUCAGCCGCGCCGGCCGCGUCAUCGAGCGCGCGCUGGCCGAGUCCGUCGACAUCUACACCGACUACACCGGCGGCGGCGACGCCGAGAACGCGCUGGACGACAAGUCCGACGCCCGCCUAUCCCUCGUCCGCACAUUCUACGACGAGCGCUGGUCUCGCGGACGUUGCGUCACGUGCCUGGACUGGUCGGCGGCUCAUCCCGAACUCAUGCUGGCGUCCUACCACAACAGCGACGACGCGCCGCACGACCCCGACGGCGUGUGCCUCGUGUGGAACACCAAGUUCAAGAAGAACACGCCCGAGGACAUCUUCCACUGCCAGUCGCCCGUCAUGAGCGCCACCUUCGCUAGGUUCCACCCGAACCUGAUCCUGGGCGGCACGUACUCGGGGCAGAUCGUGCUGUGGGACAACCGCGUGCAGAAACGCACGCCUGUACAGCGCACGCCGCUCUCCUCGCUCGCGCACACGCACCCAGUAUACUGCCUCUCAGUGGUAGGCAGCCAGAACGCGCACAACCUCAUCUCGGUGUCCACCGACGGCCGCAUGUGCACUUGGUCGCUGGACAUGCUGUCCGCGCCGCAAGAGACGCUGGAGCUACAGCACCGCCAGAGCAAGGCCGUGGCCGUCACCUGCAUGGGCUUCCCGCACGGGGACGUCAACAACUUCGUGCUGGGCAGCGAGGACGGGAAUAUGUACACCGGGAGCCUGUACGGCCAACGCGCAGGCGUGUCAGAAUGCAUCGAGGCCCACGCGGGCCCGGUGACGGCGCUGUCGUGGCACGCCGCGCCCGCCGCCGCCGACCUGGCGCACCUCUACCUCACCGCGUCCGUCGACUGGAGCGUCAAGCUGUGGAGCUCCAAGGAGAACAAGGCGCUGUACUCGUUCGAGGACUCCGGCGACUACGUGUCGGACGUGCGCUGGUCGCCCGCGCACCCGGCGCUGUUCGCCGCCGUGGACGCGGCCGGCCGCCUCGACCUGUGGAACCUCAACCGCGACACCGAGGUGCCGAUCGCGUCGAUCCAAGCAGAAGGCGGCGUAGCGUUCAACCGCGUGUCGUGGACGCCGGCCGGCACGCACGUCACCGCCGGCGACGACGCCGGCAAGAUAUGGGUCUACGAGCUGGCUGAGCACGUAGCCCAACCGCGGCACGACGAGUGGACCAAGUUCGUGUACACGUUACAAGAGCUACGCAACAACCAGGCGGACGAGGAGAGCGACCGCCUCAGCCUGGCCGCCUCCGGCCCGCCGUCGCUCACGUCGCUCACAUCGCUCGCCAGCAACCCGCUGCGGUAGGCGGGCCCACUAGAGAUGACCGGCUAUCGAUAGUUUUGAUAACGAUAGAUUUUUGACUCCGAUAAUCGUUUAGUGGUGUAGAUGUCUGCACUAAACCAAAAUCGUAUAAAAUGGCACGGAUGUCCUACACUGAACCAAAAACGUAUAAAGUGGCAUACAUGUCCUAACCGUCCCACCCGUGACCCGUUGAAUGGGGGCGCCACCGUCAAUACCGGAUCGCUGGUUCCGAUUUUAACCACUGCUUUUUUUUGCCACUUGACGUUUCAGAAUCGUGCGACUAUAAUUAAUUACAUGUGUGUGUGUGCUUCAAAUUUGCACCAUUGAAGCCAUUAGACAAAAUAAUAAUAAUUAUUACUAUUGUACGUCAUAUUUUGCAUAGUUACACACUAUAUCGAUAUUGUUAGAAGCUAUCGAGCGGCAUCUCUACACGCAAAACUAUAUUAUUCCAAUUUGGUUCCUCAAUUGGAACCCUGCUGAGAACACUUUUUUACCAUGAAAAUGCUCUUUCUUACUUCACUUGCCAGUUAUUUUGGGCUGGAAAACCAAUAGUUAAACUUAUCAGAAUUGGUGACACCCCUAAGAAUAUCUCAUUAAAAUUAUAUUAUCAAUGUUACAGUGUAAAAAGGGUAGUAAGUGUUGGAUGAAAUUGAUCUCAAAAGAUCAUGUUAUGCUUGCUGAUUACAGCGAGGCAAGAAAGAUAAAAUAGGUGCCCUGAAAA